AAAAAAAAAAAAGUUUAUAAGAACCCAUCUGGUCGACCAAACCACACAUAGUAAAGUAAAAUUGAGGUAAAACCUAAGAAAAGGAAACGGAAUGAAGAUGAAUAGUCUGAGAUUGGGUCUGAUUAUUGUGUUUUGUGCGUUCUGGGAAUUGGGGGUUUGCAGAGAGACGGAGGAUAACCUGAUAAGGAUGAAAUUAGGAGGCUUCCGUGAUCUUCACAACUCCGCCGAGAUUCUUAGUCUUGCCCGAUUUGCCGUUCAACAGCACAACCAAAGACAGAAUGCUUUUCUUGAGUUAGCAAGGGUGUUAAAGGCCAAGGAACAGGUGGUUUCUGGUAAAAUAUACCAUCUUACACUGGAAAUCUUGGACGCCGGUGGUCAAAAGUCCGUAUAUGAAGCCAAAGUAUGGGUGAAGCCCUGGAUCAACUUUAAGCAAUUGCAGGAAUUCAAGCGUGUGCAAGAUGGUCCUCAACUAGGAUGGAAAACAGUGCUAACAAAUGAUCCUAAGGUCCAAGAUGCUGCGAACCAUGCUAUUAAGUCCAUUCGGCAGAGAUCCAACUCAUUGUUCCCUUAUGAGCUUCUAGAAAUCCUUCUAGCUAAAAUGAAGGUCAUUGAAGAUUAUAUACAGUUUGACUUACUUCUGAAGUUAAGGAGGGGCAAUAAGGAAGAAAAUUUCAAGGUUGAAAUUACUAAGAACAAAGAAGGAAAGUUUGUUAUGAAUUAGGAGUAAUAUCAUGUUGGUAUAGUAAAUGACAUGGCGACUGAUACAGUUUAUCCGUACCAUUGUGACAAUAAGGAAUCCAUUUCAGAAGCUAUGCUUUUGUGCUUUGAUAUUUACAUUAUGACUACCGUCUUGUUUGUAUAUAACCUUCUGCUUCUCAAUACAUUGUAUACAUGUCACUGAGUUUGGAUUAAAUUAUAUAUUUUUCUUCUGAAUGCAAUGUAACUUUGAACAUCUUUGCCAUGUUUC